AUGUCGUCGAAACCUACGGUCGUCAUCAUCGGGGCUGAGGUUGGGGGAUUGGCAUUUGCGAUUACACUCAAGCGCCGACUUGGCUUUGAACAAUUUACAAUAUUCGAGAAGGCGUCUGAAAUUGGAGGGACAUGGAGGGUGAGUACAGCGCAUAGUACGGAUUUUAAUGUCAUCUCACCAUCUAGACUUGCUAUCCAGGCUAAUAUAUACCCAGGAAGUUCAUCGGAUGUUCCUAUUCAUUGGUAUAGUCUCUCUACGGAACUGAGGCCUUCUUGGAAGAAGUCGCAUGGUUUACAGCCCGAGAUUCAAGCAUACUGGAUCGAACUUGCGGAGAAGCAUGACCUAUACUCUCAUAUCAUGCUAAGCACCAAGGUUGUUUCUGCAACUUGGGACCCGGCCAAGCAGCUAUACGAAGUACUGUACGAAGAAAUAGCAUCGGGAACUAGACAUUCCACCACAGCUCAUAUCGUCAUCUCGGCAGUCGGCAUCCUAGAAAUACCUAAAAUCCCUUACGAAAUCGAAGGUGUUUCUACUUUCAAAGGGGAAUCGUUCCACUCCGCAGAUUGGCGAAACGAUGUUGAGUUUCACAAUAAGCGUGUCGCCGUGGUCGGCAACGCGUCUUCUGCGGCUCAAUUUGUUCCCGCCAUAUCUGAGGACUCAACCACUGAAGUAGUCAAUUUUAUUCGUACACCCUCCUGGUUCAAUACACGACCCCAUAUACCCUACACAGAUACACAGAAAUGGGUUUUUGCUAAUGUUCCCUUUGCCAUGAAACUUCACCGUAGUUUAAUCGCAUUUGAGAUGGACGCCCCGGUUUUACUUCCUCGAAGUGAACGAGCACGAAAGGCUCGCGUUGAGAAUAUGACAAAGUAUAUUCUGGAUCAUACUCCCAGAAAAUACCACGACAAAAUCAUACCCACUUACCCCCCUGGUUGCAAACGGAUUAUCGCCGACAGUGGUUACCUGGCGAGUUUUUACCGUCCCAAUGUCAACCUGAACUUCGACGGUAUUGCAAAGAUACUGGAAAACGGAAUUCUGACGACGAAAGGCGAGGUAAUCCCCUUCGACGUUAUUAUCUAUGCAACUGGCUUCAUAGGUGAUAAUUAUCCAGUUGAUGUUCGAGGAAUGGAUGGGACAUCUAUUCGCGAGUACUACGAUAGAAUGGGCGGCCCCACAGCUUACCUUGGAACUGCGCUACCCGGCUUCCCAAAUUUCUAUAUGAUGACCGGUCCUAAUACUGGCACCCACGCGUCUACGCUUUUUGUUGAAGAAGUCCAGAUCGAUUACUGUCUACAGCUGAUCAAGCCUGUACUAGACGGUCUGGUAUCAUCAUUUCAAGUCACGUCUGAAGCGACAUAUAUCUAUAACAAACGACUAGAAAAGAGGCUCACUGAUUCCGUUUAUUCUCAAUGCUCUUCCUGGCAAAGGGUCGACGGAACUGGCAAGAUCUAUAAUCCAUUUCCGGGACCAACCUUCUUGUACUGGUGGUGGCUUCGUCAACCGAACUGGGAUCAUUAUAAAGCUGUAAACGCUGGACGCUGGUUAAGACAGCGGUACCUUCACAUGCUUUAUGGUACAAUCAAGGCGUUUGGACUAAUUGUCUGCUUAUGGGCCUAUCGGAUGCAGCGGCGCGCUCUUCUGAAGGUAUUAGAGACUUACUACAGAAAGCUCUUGACGAAAAUUCAGCCUAUUCUUCUUGGAGUCAAGCGCUAG